AUGGAUACGACCGGAAUUCCGACUCGCUUUCACAAAAAAAAAGUUACUCACCAAUUUAGGAAGUCAAAAUUCGCUGCUAGUCAAGCUGCGAAAUUAACAUCUGUGAACCCAGAGCGAGCAGGUUAUAUCGAAAAAGAUUGUGAAGAUGAAGUCAUCACGCAAGAUAUUAUUCGCCAGAAUGUGGAUUUAGGUUCGGCUUCUAAGCAAUUCGACCUCAAAUCUAAAUCUGGACCCUACAGCCUUGAUUACUCCCUAAAUGGUAGAUUUCUUGCUCUUUGUGGCAAACGAGGCCAUGUUGCUGCAUUUGACUGGCUUUCAAAAAAGCUCCUUUUUGAAACAAAUGUCAAUGAGGAAUGCCGUGAUAUUAAAUUUCUUCAUCAGGAAACAAUGGUUGCCGUUGCUCAGAAGAACUAUACCUACAUAUACGACAAUCAAGGCAUUGAAAUGCAUUGUCUUAAACGUCUUGCUGGAAUCCGAAGACUUGAGUUCUUGCCCUAUCAUUUCUUACUGGUUGCAAUGGCAGAUAAUGGCUUUCUAUACUAUUUGGACGCUUCUGUAGGUGAAAUCGUUGCUUCUUAUCCCACUCAUCGCGGUUCCUUGAAUGUGACCUGUCAAAAUCCUUCUAAUGCGUCUAUUCUGACUGGCCAUACUACUGGUUGCGUGUCUGUUUGGAUACCAACAGAGAAAAAACCCGUUAUCAAAAUGUUGUGUCAUAAUUCUGGUGUUAAGUCUAUUGCUGUUAAUCGCACUGGACAAUAUUUGGCAACGUGUGGGCUGGAUAGAUAUCUAAAGAUUUGGGAUUUAAGAUCAACUCAGGAGUGUCUUUCUAAUAUUGUCCUUCCUACACCAGCUAUUACAAUGGGGUACAGUCAAACCGGAAUCUUGGCAUUGGGAUCAUCGACAACUGUUCAGAUUCUCAAAGAUCCGUUCUCAUUGGGUGAAUCGACAGUCGAGGACCUCUCGGAAAUUGCACCAAGCGUACACCGACGUGUUUUCCGCAAGGCCUACCUCACACACAACUUACUUAGACCAGUCCACUGCGUCUCUUUCGCUCCAUUUGAGGAUGUAUUGGGGGUUGGAACUGCAGGUGGCUUCUCCUCCCUCCUUUGUCCUGGCGCUGGCGAGCCAAACUUCGAUGCUCUUGAAGACAAUCCCUUUGCCACCGUGCGUUACCGUCAGGAGCGCGAAGUCAGACGUCUCUUAGAUAAGAUCCCUUACACAAUGAUCUCUGUAGACUCGAUGUUGAAUAAGGUUCGAAGGGAGGAUAUCGUGGAUGAAUGGGAAAGGAAAAAGGCAGCUCUGAUGGGGGAGAUUCCAGCAGUUCCAAUGCCUAAGGUUAAUCGCAACAAGAAAAAGGGUCGUUCAAAGGCAGGAAAGAUUGAGAAGAGGAAACAAGUUACCAGGUUCAAUCGAAAGAUGUUUGAAGUCUCCAAUUUGAUGAGAGCAAAAAUUGAAAAAGCGAAUAAGUUGAAGCCAAUCGAGAAGAUGCAAGAGGAGGGUAAAGGGCAUCUACCCAGUGACGCGCUGGUUGUCAGACAGAGAUCGAAGAAAUUAACAAAGUCUGCCCUCGAUGUUCUCAUCCCUAGAAAGCCUCCGAACCCCCUCUAA